GGCAGCGGGGCUCUUUGUCUCUAUUUCGAGGAGUUUUCUGAUGAAUUCAGUAUGGAGAACUUGACACAUCCACAGCCAAACGAAUGAGAAAUCCUGAAGAUAAUUGGAUUUUAAGGCGUACACAACAAACCUUAAUUUCAGUCUUUGCACAUAGUUGAACUUUCCAGCCUUUAAUUUUACAACCAUCGAGUUUUCUUCAUCAAACAUGGCUUUAUGGACCAGAAAACACGAAUGCGAACUUAUAAACACCGUUUUCCUAGUGUGUACUCUCAUGUGUGAAGUGAUCUACGUGCAGUCAGCGUCUUUCUAUUUCACCAAGGAGCCGAAAUCCCAGGAUGCCCUACACGGGCGCAGUGCCAUGCUGCGGUGCGAGGUGAGUGAUCCUCAAGGUGUGAUCUACACUUGGACACACAAUGGCGAGACAGUCAACAACACAGAGCGACGCUUUCUGGAAGGAGGCAACCUGAAAAUCACAGCUAUUGACAGAUUACUGGACUCUGGAAACUUUCAGUGCAUUGCCUCGAAAAACAGCACAGGUGAAGAGGAACGCACCAGCGAGGCCUCCAUCAACAUCAAGUGGUUAGAAAGUGGUGCAGUGAUCCUGAAGAGUCCAGAAUCAGAGGCAGAAAUUGAGAGCUCCUCACAAGUGAUACUACGGUGCAAUAUCGAUGGACACCCACGGCCAAUGAAUCGGUGGUUUAGAGAUGGAACGGCACUAACAGAGAAGAGCUACAAAAUAAACAACAAAGACCGAACACUUGCGCUGUUAAAUGCGAGCCCUGACGACAACGGUCUCUACUACUGCUGCGCCAAGAAUGCUGUGGGCCAAGUGUGCAGCAAUGACAACUUCACACUUAACAUAAUAGAUAAGAGUUACCCUAAGCCGGUGGUGAAGCCAGAGGAUUUAGUGGUCUUGAGGAAUGAGGAAGCUCUCUUCCACUGUCAGUUCACGGCCGAACCGCAGCCCACUGUCGAGUGGUACCAUGACAAUGAGCUGGUUUCAAACAAGAGCCGUGUGUUUAUUCUGAGCAAUGGCUCUCUCGUCAUUACUCAAGUGAAGCAGCGGAACACAGGCCUGUAUAAAUGUGUGGCUCAGGGGCCCCGGGGCCCCCCUGUGUCUCUCGAGGCCUUUCUGCGACUAGCAGAAAUCGAGGACAUGAUUGCCAAACAGUCGAGACAGUUCACAGCAGAUUCUCUGGCGCGAGUCACGUGCCGCCCGCCUCAUGGGCACCCGGAGCCAGAGGUUUGGUGGGAACAUGCGGGACAGCGAGUUCCUGCCGAAGGCAGGGUGUACCAGGACGGGCUGGACCUGAUUUUCAGUCCCACCCGCAGUGAAGACUCGGGAACCUACACGUGUUUUGCACAAAACAAGGCAGGCCAGAGAAAACAGGAGUUGACAGUCACUGUAGCCACUAAACCAGAGUGGAUCCAGAAGCCGGUGGACAGUCAUUUAGAGGAGGGCCGUGCCGGGUACCUGCACUGUCAUGCUCGCGCCACGCCCGAACCUGAGGUCACAUGGUACCGUAACAUGCAGCCAAUCAAUGCAGAGGAUGUUCGCUUCAAGCUCUUCUCCAAUGGAACUCUGCGUAUAAAUAACGUGGAGGUUUAUGACAGUCAGCUGUACAUCUGCGAGAGCAGAACAGAGGCAGGAAAACUUCGCGCACAGGCACGAGUCUAUGUACUAGAGCGUCUGAAGUUCACGCCGACACCGCAGGCAUAUCAGUGUCUGGAGCUCAAUAAAGAGGGAAACCUGCAGUGCUCUGCUAAAGGCCGACCGACCCCCACCAUAAGCUGGAUCAGAACAGAUGGCAGUGAUAUCCCAGCAUGGGUGGAGCAGCACGGGAGCACCCUGCACUUUACUACAGUGACGCGGGCAGACGCGGGCAACUACACCUGUCUCGCAUCCAACAGUCAGCAGGGCGAGAUCAGAGCCGUCGUACAGCUCACUGUCGCAGUUUACGUGGGGUUUAAACUGAAGCCAGAGAAUACCACAGUAUAUCAGGGCCACAACGCAGUACUGCAUUGUCAGGCCACUGGAGAUCCUCCUCCCUUUAUCCAAUGGAAGAAAAAAGACACAUUUUUGGAGGCGGGCUCGAGCAGGUUUCAGAAGAUGCCCAAUGGCUCUCUGAUCAUUCAUGACGUCAGUACAGAGGACACAGGAAGUUACACCUGCAUUGCAGGAAACAGCUGUAACAUCGCAGACACCUCAGCCGAGCUCUACGUCGUGGAAAAGCCAGUGCAGCACUCAUUGUCAGAUGAUGAAAAGACCCCUUAUAAAAUGAUCCAGACUAUCGGUCUGUCGGUUGGGGCGGCCGUCGCUUACAUCAUUGUUGUGCUGGGACUCAUGUUUUACUGCAAGCAGAGACGCAACAAGAGACUGCAGAAGACAGAGGACGGAGAUGAGCGAGAGGUCGAAUGUCUUAAUGGUGGCGGUGUACAUCAGAACGGUCACACCACUGCAGAGAUACAGGAGGAGGUGGCGCUGACCAACAUGGCUGCCACUGGCAACAACAAACGCCACAGCAGUCACGACAAGCUUCAAUUCCUCCGAAACAACCUGCACGCAAUCACCACACUGGGUAAAGGGGAGUUUGGUGAAGUGUUGCUGGCUAAAACACAGGCUGCUGAUGAAGAGGAGACUGUUGUGCUGGUUAAGAGUCUGCAGACGCGCGAUGAACACGUACAGCUGGAUUUCCGCCGCGAGUGUGACAUGUUUGCCAAGCUCAGUCAUGCUAAUGUCGCUCGUCUGCUGGGCGUGUGCAGAGAAGUGGAGCCGCAUUACAUGAUACUGGAGUACACUGACAUGGGUGAUUUGAAGCAGUACCUGAGAGUGUCCAAGAGCAAAGAUGAGAAGGUCAAAGUUCAGCCACUCAGCACCAAACAGAAGGUGUCAGUGUGUUUGCAGGUGGCUCAUGGGAUGGAGCAUCUGUCCAAUCAGCGCUUUGUUCACAAAGACCUUGCUGCUCGCAACUGUCUCAUUUCAUCCAAACGACAGAUCAAAGUGUCUGCCCUCGGCCUCAGCAAAGACGUGUACAACAGUGAGUACUAUCACUACCGGCAGUCAUGGAUUCCUCUGCGCUGGCUCCCAUCUGAAGCUGUGUUUGAAGAUGAUUUCUCCACUAAGACAGACGUGUGGUCGUUUGGAGUGCUCAUGUGGGAGGUGUUCGGCCUCGGGGAGCUGCCGUAUGCAGAGCUCGCUGAUGACAAAGUCCUAGAAGCUCUGCAGGAAGGGAAGCUGAAGCUGUGUCCUCCUCAGGGCUGUCCAUCACGUGUCUUCAAGCUGAUGGUGCGCUGUUGGGCCGGAAGCCCUAAAGACAGACUUUCCUUCAGCGACAUAGUCUCUGCCCUCAGCGACCUGCCCUCCGAGAGCAAAGUGUGAUGCCUCCAAGCCAUGAUAUAAACCCCUUAACCCUGAACAUUCAUGUUCAGAUGUCUGGCCUUAUAAACAAAAACAAAAGACUUGAGUAUAAUUGGUUUUAAUUUCAUCCCUCUCUGUCUUUAAUAUAUAUGUUUAAUAAAGUGCUCUGAAGAUUUGAAGAUUCCUUAAAAAUAGCCGGAGAGGUAAAAGCAAUUUAGUUCAUGAUGAAAGAACUUAUUCCUUUAAUGGGGUUUGUAAAAAGGGUGCCCUAUCAUUUCUUUCUUUGAGUUGGCCCACUCAAAACGAAGAGAUUGCAAAGCGUCAUGCGAAGAUGUAGUGUGUUUGUAACAGUGCAUCAAACCAUGCACUGAGUAGUUCUCUAUUUUAGAAGGAUUGUCCCGGGAUCCUCUUAAUUUAUUUAAAAGGUCCUGUUUUCUAUGUACAGAAAGGUACUGUUUAUAUGACUUUUUUAUGAUGUUUAUGCAUUAAGCCUAUUUUAUAUAAUUCAGAAGUACUCGUAGAAACCAACUGUUGAGGAAAAGCUUAUAAGAUGACUGUUGUCACUGAGUUUCAAGUGCCUGUAAAAUGAAGGAUGUCUUGAUUUUAGUAUGCUGUAUGUUAUGACUUUGGAAAUGCCUUGAAUGUUUUAUUUUAUUUUAUACGUUUAUAGUGUUUUAUUUUGUAGGAAGAGCUCAGUGUUUUAUCUUGUAAUUGCUACCAACACGUUGCAUAUUGGUUUAUAUAAAAAUUCAGAGGUAUUCGCGACUCUGAAGAACAAAAUUGUAAACAAAACUUCUGUUGCAUACUCUGCUGUUGCAAUAAAAUGUUACU